AUGGUUGAAGUUAAUAUUGUUCCAGUUGUGGACCCAGGUGUGGUCAAAACAGGUGCUUACAAAUAUGAAGACGGGACGCGUUACGUGGGCGAGUGGAACGCCAAGGGUCAGAAGCAUGGUAUGGGUCACCUGGUGUUCCCUGACGGCACCAGGUAUGACGGGUCCAUGAUCGGAGGCCUGUGUUCAGGGUUGGGGGUCAUGGCUUUCCCAGACGGCGCUAAAUAUGAAGGCGAGCUGAUGCAGGGCUGGUUUCAUGGUCAUGGCGUCUUCUGGCGAGCUGACGGCAUGAAGUUCGAAGGGGAAUUCCGUGGAGGCAGGGUAUGGGGGCUUGGUCUGGUGACGUUCAGCGACGGCAGCAAUGGAUUCCCACGCAACGAGGGCUUCUUCCAGGACUGCAGGCUGGUCCGCCGCAAGAGAUGUCCCGAAGUAGUCCAGCGAGCCCAGAAAGUGGCGUACAUGGCGAGGGCGCAGUGCCAGCAAAUAUAG